AUGAGUCCAGCAAGGCGCAGGGCGUCCUCAUCUUCCGAUCCACACCAAGAACGCCAAAUGAAAGUCGCAGCACGCGAAAAAGCUAAGCGAGAUGUCACAACGUCGCUUUCAAUGGCCUGGAACGGGCAGGGAUGGAUCCCCGAUGACAUUCGCAACUGCCGUCGCUCGCCUGGUUCGGGAACCACAGACUUGACCAUUCUCAGACUCAUCUGGAGAGUUACACAAAAGGCCGUAUCCAUGAACAUAAGUCUCCUUUCCUUGUGGCAGCCCGAUGGAGUCUUACGCGAGUCGUACAGCGACUCCGCCCCUAUGUGGCGCAAGAACCUCCAUCAGGCUGCGAGGGAUGAGAGCUGGAGUCUCGGAGCACCGCGGCCUGAAGGCAACCAAUUCACAGAGCGUACACAUCAAUCCGAUUUGGCCGAUAUCGUCACAGUGAGCGAUCAAGAUAAACCGAGACAUGAAUUUGGCACAGAGGACGAGCCAAUGGCGGAUGGAGACACUGAGGGUUUCCAAGAAACAAGCGCUCACGUUUCCGCAGACGAGGCAUCGAUUUGCAUCUGGGGUUCCAUAGACGGCUCAUCCAUCGAGGAACUUGAAGAACAGGGUCGGGAAUUGAAGAUCGAGGCUGGGCAUGCUACAACCCGCAUCAUGCGUACCAAAGAACUUCCCGACAACAUCCGUGGGAAGAUUGCAGCAUUGUCGGACGUUCAACUAGGUGUUAAGUCACUCCUUGACAAUGGAUUUCGGCGCCCCGACACUUCGACACCAGAUAUGAAGGAGCAUGUGAAGUUUCUAGAGGACGCUUCGCAGCAGCGCAAGCUCAGCCUGGACAAGGAGCUGGCGGAAGUACUCAAUGAGGAGAGAGCCAGCCAUAGAGACCUCUACAAGAUCCGAGAGAAGCAAAAGCUCAUUGCGCACAUUUUGAAUUACAAAGCGGCUAUUGAGCGAUCCGACGUCUAG